AUGGUGAAGCUGCUAAAGGCGGGCCGCGUAGUGGUGGUACUGAGUGGGCGACAUGCAGGAAAGAAAGGAGUUGUUGUUAACACAUGGGAAGGAAGUAAGGAAAGACAGUUUUCCUAUUGUCUUAUUGCUGGUAUUGAAAGAGGCCCACUGAAAGUCAGCAAACGGAUGGCCUGGAAGAAAGUUGAAAAAAGAAUGCGCGUGAAGCCAUUCAUCAAGUAUAUCAAUGUUAAUCACUUAAUGCCUACCAGAUACACCGUAGCAAAUGAUAUUGACGUGAAGACGUUGGCGUCUGAGGAGAACAUGAGGACAGCAGAAGAGAAAAAGAAAGCGAGAAAGGCUUUGAAGCAGAUUUUCUUCGAGAAAUUCAUGAAUCCUAUGAAUGAAAAGGUUGGGAAAAUGAGCAAAGAUCUUCUGUUUCUUCGUAGGAAACUUCGUUUCUGA